CGCCUCCCCAGAGAGAGGCAGAGGCGCCGGGGCAGGGCAGCGCCCGCAGCCGCAGCCGGGGCCGCAGUUGCAGGGACGGGGGCCGCAGCAGCGGAGGGCGGCUCGCCGGGAGCAGCAGGGGCGAGUGGCUCAGGAGCAGCAGGAGGCUCCUCGCGGCUGGGUCCCCGGGCGGCAGCGGGCUGCAGCCGCCCCAGCGUGCCCGGGCCGGGGCGCAGCAUGGAGACGGUGCUGCUGGAGCAUUUCCCCGGGGGCCUGGACUCCUUCUCCUCGCCCCCCUACUUCGACGAGGAGGAUUUCUUCACGGACCAGUCCUCCCGCGACCCCCUGGAGGCGGACGAGUUCCUGGAGCAGGACGUGGACUUCCUGAGCCACCAGCUCCAGGAGUAUUACCGGGACGGGGGGCAGGGCCAGGGGGGCUACUGCUGCGAGGCGGCGGCCGCCGCGGCCAACUUCUCCUCCUCCUCCUCCCCGUCCUCGCCCAGCGUCCCCUACGAGUGCUGCGGCGCGGCCGCCUCCGAGCUGCUGUCCCCGGGGGGCAGGCUCAAGGCGCUGAGCUCCGCCAAGCGGCGCCGGCGGGUGCGCUCCGAGGCCGAGCUGCAGCAGCUGAGGCAGGCGGCCAACGUGCGGGAGCGCCGGAGGAUGCAGUCCAUCAACGACGCCUUCGAGGGGCUGAGGUCCCACAUCCCCACGCUGCCCUACGAGAAGCGGCUCUCCAAGGUGGACACCCUGCGCCUGGCCAUUGGCUACAUCAACUUCCUGAGCGAGCUGGUGCAGUCGGACCUGCCCCUGCGGAGCGCCAGCAGCGAGAGCCCCAGCCAGCCCAAGAAAGUCAUCAUCUGCCACCGGGGCACAAGAUCACCUUCUCCAAGCGACCCUGAUUACGGACUGCCUCCUCUUGCUGGGCACUCUCUGUCAUGGACUGAUGAAAAGCAACUUAAGGAACAAAACAUAAUUAGAACAGCUAAAGUGUGGACCCCUGAAGAUCCCAGAAAACUAAACAACAAAUCUUCUCUAAACAACAUAGAAAACGAACCUCCAUUUGAUUUUGUAUCAUGAAUCGUGAAUAUUUUGACUGUAAAUGCAAACAUGACACCAGUGUAUAUUUGUAUGUAAAAACCUAUAUUUUAAACGUAAUUUAAAAUUCAAAAUCUAAUGGCAAUCAAUGGUUUUAUUUAUCUAUUUAUUAUCAAGUAGAGUUAAUUAGGUGGUAUUGUCUAUUUGUAUGUAUAAUUUAUAUAAUUUAUCCUGAUUUUAAAAUAUGCAAUAGUUUUAUUCCACCAGCACCUUUCGAUAAAACUGUUCGGGAAACACUUCCAGAAUAUGAAAAUAAUUUAUUACCACAUGUGGACUAUUUCUAUGUUUGUUAAUAAUAAACCCUGAUUAAACCUUCUAAGGCAGUUUAUUUUGUGGGACUUUGAUGCUAAAACUAUCAGACAAUAUAAUAGUGAACUCAAAGAAUAAAAAGUUGGAAGUUUCAGCUACAUCACAGUCAAGUUACCUUGAAGAAGCCACAUAAGAGCUGUGGUGUUUAAAGGGGCACUUCCUGAAAAGAGGGAUUUAGGGUUCAGGAAUAGUUCCAGGCUGGUUACUUGGUUCAAAC